AAAGAAAUGAAAACUGAGGGGACAGAGGGGACCUGAGGGUGGACAGCGCAGGAAGGGAUGGCUCACCCCUCUCAGCCAUCCCCAUGGGGCCCUGGUGUUGGGUCACACUUGGAUCCUGUCUGAAUAGGAGUUGGGCUGGGCGGUGGUGCCCCUGGGGCCAGACUGCCAUGAAUCCUCAGGCCCGGCUCUGGGACAGGGUUUAUUUGAAGAGCGUCACUGGGAAGGCCAGUGUCGCAGCUGGCAGGAUCCCUGGCCAGGCCUCGUGUGUCAGCAAUCUCAGACAGGGUGAGGACGACAAGGUUUUCCAUGGCCAGGGCCCGAGCUCAGAGUGGCAUGCGUCAGGGCCUGGGCCAAGUCCAGCAGGCUCUGGUCUUGGACGGAAGUGGCUGCAGUCCUGCCUCUGACAGGGAGGUGGAGGCACGGGUGCUGGCAGACCCUCUGACACACGAGCACAGACACACGGGGCAGGGGGCUCCAUCCCAGCAGGAGGGGCCCAGGCUGAGGCCGCACUCCACCCUCGUCUGGCCAACCCUGGCCAGCGUGCCUGUCCUCAGUGCAGACGUGGGCGCUGCCCCUGAGGAGCUUUGGUUUAUAAGGGGAGAGCUGGCCAAGUCAUCAACACUGGACGGACAGCAGGAAAGGCGUGAGGACAGCGGCUCUCAAGGGAGGAGGAGCAGCCCGGCGGGCUUCCCGGAGACAGUGGCACCGUGCACAGGGGGAGGUGUCCAGGGACCACGAACACGUAAGUGCGUGGCUGUGCGGAGCCAGGGAGAGGGGAAGGGGCAUCCAGGGCCGUAGCCAGGUUCCAGACAAGGCCCGCUCCUCCCUGACAUCAUGAGCCUGCCCCAGAAAAUCCUCUGGGUGGUGAACAGAUGGGGUGACAGCAUGGUCUUCAGUCAGCCUCCUGGAGGUGUGAAAAGAAAACAAAAUUUCAGGACCUAAAACUCACUAAGCCAAAGGGACAAGUCAAGCUGGGAGCUGAGUCACACACACCUGCCUCCCACUUUCUUCCUAACUGGACAGCUACGAAGAUAAAGGAGCCUGUGCCCCCUCAAUGCGCUUGCAGGGAAAUUCCUUGUGGGUCCCAAGAUCUUGGCUCUGAAACAGUUCUGCUGGAUCCCACCCAGACAGUGUGAUCUAGUAGCUUAUCUUCCCAGGUACGGGAAAAAGGGCAGAGCUAACAUCACCCUCCACUCACCGGAGGCGAAUGCGAAUCUGCCAGGUUCCUAUUCCCUGUGGCAGUUCUAUCCUCUGUGGAAACGCAGGGUUGCUGAGCGUGGGGCUAUGUAAUUCACUCUUCUACCCCCACCUUCCAUAUUUCAAAAUGUGCAUUUGGUGACUGCCUAUGAGAGAUUCAAAGGAACGCUACCGCUUGCCUUUUAUCCGCCCUCCCUUUUCUUUCCUUCCUGUGUUCCCCUCCUGCCCGCUCUUUCCCUUUAAAUACAAAAGCUUCCAAACCCUCUUUGGGUUUUUUUGUUUUUGUUUUUUUGAGACAGUCUCACUCCGUCGCCCAGGCUGGAGUGUAGUGGCGUGAUCUUGGCUCACUGCAACCUCUGCCUCCCGGGUUCAAGCAAUUCUCCCGCCUCAGCCUCCCGAGUAGCUGGGAUUACAGGCGCCCACCACCAUGCCCGGCUAAUUGUUUUUGUAUUUUUAGUAGAGACGGGGUUUCACCAUGUUGGCCAGGCUGGUUUUGAACUCCUGACCUCAAGUGAUCUGCCCGCCUCAGCCUCCCAAAGUGCUGGGAUUACAGGCGUGAGCCACCUCGCCCGGCCUCCCAAAGUGCUGGGAUUACAGGCGUGAACCACCACGCCCGGCCUCUAACUCCUCUUUGGAAAAAGCAGAGCACAGAUGUUGCCUGUGGCUUCGUGUUCCUUUUUCCUGAGUGCACCCUUAACCUUGGCAAGAUAAACCUCUAAAUUGAUUGAGACCCAUCUCAGACACCUUCUGGCUUUUACAGAGUCCCAAAUUCCCAGGAAUCCCAGCCCCACUGACUGAACACUGGGGUGCAGUCACAGAGAAGAUGGCCUCGGCCUGGGGGUGGCAGCUGUGCAGGGGGCCCCGUCCCCCACCACCGAUGGCAGGGGUAAGAGCCAUGCAUGACUCCCUGGCCCCAAGUCCUUCACAGACUGGGUGGGAGACGGCAGCACUGGAGACAGAGGCCAGAGCAGACUCCAGCAGCCGCAGUGGCAGGUGCAGAGGGAGGCGCGAGGGCGGACCGGGUCACCUCCUCCUGCAACCCUGCAUGGGUGAAGCCAGGUGCAGACACCACUGGAUGCCCAAGGAAUUCCACCACAGUAACUCACACCGUCACUCCCCAGAGCCCCCACCCCACAGUAACUCACGCCGUCACUCCCCACGGAGCCCCCACCCCACAGUAACUCACGCCGUCACUCCCCACGGAGCCCCCACCCCACAGCAGAAGAAUUCUGGCCUCAUGGAAGUGGCACCCAUCUAAAAGAUGACCCAGGCCACGUGCAGUGUCUCACACCUGUAAUCCCAGCCCUUUGGGAGGCCGAGUCGGGCAGAUCACCUGAGGUCAGGAGUUUGAGACCAGCCUGGGCAACAUGGUGAAACCCUGUCUCUACUAAAAAUACAAACAAAAUUAGCUGGGCGUGGUGGCAGGUGCCUGUAAUCCCAGCUACACAGGAGGCUGAAGCAGGAGAAUCACCUGAACCUGGGAGGCAGAGGUUGCAGUGAGCUGAGAUCACGCCACUGCACUCCAGCCUUGGCAACAAAGCAAGACUCCUGCCUUAAAAAAAAAAAAAAGGCCCAGAAUGAGGGUUAGAGAGGCAAGGGUCCCUGGGGACUCCAGAGGGGUCAGGAUGCAGAGACAGCUGUUGCUGCCCCUCCUCUGGGCCCAGGACCCCGCCCCGACCUGCCUCGGCCCUCUCAUCCCAUGCACCUGCCCUCGGUCCCUGCCCAGGCCCUUCCCUCCCCCGGGACCAGCUCAGCCCCUGCCUCCCCUGUCGGAAGCCACCUCCCCAGCCUGCUUGGAUCCUGGUACUAGAAGAAACCACUCCCGUGUUCCCACUUGGAUUGGGUGUUCACGCCAUGUGGUGUUCGUGCCAUGUGGUGUUCGUGCCGUGUGGAUGCUGCUGAGGUGUGAACCCUGUGACGGACCAAGGCUCCAGUGAGCCACAGCGUGGCCGGGCAGAAGCAGAAGAGACCAGUGACCCCCACUCAACUCAGCCUCUCCUUCCUCCAGGGAGUGUCCCGGAGGUACCUGUCCGAGUGACAGGGAAGGGGCGGGGCCAGGAGCCAAGGCUGGAAGCUCAGCCCCACUCGGCCUUUGCAGAUGCUCUAGUGGGAGCAGCUGGCCUCAGGGGAGGGCUUAAAACUCCAGGAGAGCCCGGGCAGGUGCGGACGCGAGGGGAGUGGAGGAGAGGCCUCGCCUGGCCCACCUACCUCCUGCCCCUCCACCAUGUGGCCCUUCCCGAACCGCUCUCUCUUCCCACCCCCCACUCAGGCUUGGCUCCAGACGGUCUCCUCAGACCCUGAGGCCCAGGGCUGGGGGGCCUGGAACGAGACCAAGGAGAUUGUAGGGCCAGAGGGUGGAGAAGAGAAGCAGGAGGAAGACGAGGCAGAGGAAGACCAGGAUGGGGAUGCAGGCUUUCUGCUGUCUCUGCUGGAGCAGGAGAACCUGGCUGAGUGCCCAGUGCCUGACCAGGAGCUGGAGGCCAUCAGGAUGAAGGUGUGCGCCAUGGAGCAGGCCAAGGGGCCACCGCGGCCUCCGGGAGUGCAGCAGCAGGCCGAGGAAGAGGAGGGCACUGCAGCCGGGCAGCUGCUGAGCCCUGAGACCAUGGGCUGCCCCGUCCCUGGGACCCCGGAGGAGAAGGUGGAGGCUGACCACAGAUCCGUCUACGUGGGCAACGUGGACUACGGGGGCUCCGCCGAGGAGCUGGAGGCCCACUUCAGCCGCUGUGGGGAGGUCCACCGAGUCACCAUCCUGUGCGACAAGUUCUCUGGACACCCCAAGGGUUAUGCCUAUAUAGAGUUUGCCACCAAGGGCUCCGUGCAGGCCGCCGUGGAGCUGGACCAGAGCCUCUUCCGGGGCCGGCUCAUCAAGGUACUGCCGAAAAGAACCAACUUCCCUGGGAUCAGCUCCACAGACCGCGGGGGACUUCGCGGACACCCAGGCUCCAGGGGGGCACCCUUCCCCCACAGCAGCCUCCAGGGCAGGCCCCGGCUCAGACCACGAGGGCAGAAUCGGGCCCGUGGAAAAUUCUCACCAUGGUUUUCACCAUAUUAAAGGGAAGGCCCAAUUUUGAGAGAGGGGCUGGGGGCUGGGGGCUGGGUCAGGAGUAAACCACUUGUGCUCCAUCCUGGGGCUGGGGCAGGGAGUGGGGCGGGGAUGAGGCCAGAGGAGAGGGGUGUCCAGAGCAGCCGCUGGCCCCCUCUUGGCCGGGGGGUGGCCCAGACCCACGGCCACAGCCACGAGUCACAGCCACGGCCCUGUGGUGGGCCUGGCAUGGGCGCCACGGGGAUCUAGGGGGCUCUGGAUGGUGAGGGAAGGGAGGGGCAGAGUCCCAGGCAGUGCCAGGCCAGCUUGGGGUUGGCAUGCUCGGCUCUUCAACUAAGUCAUUUUAAGAAAAAUAGUAACAUGUCUCUUAAUGGUGAAGCGUAAAUUAAUUAUUAAACUUGGGCACUUUUUAAAAGCAAAUGGCAGCAGCACUCCUGUGCAUUCCCCCCAUGGACACAGUUCCCUUAUGCGUCUUCCCCUGGGACAGGACACACAAUUCCCUUUGCGUCUUCCCCCGGGACAGGACACGCAGUUCCCUUUGUGUCUCUCCUGGGACAGGACACAGAAGGUGGCUGGUGGGCCGUGGCUGUGGGACGGGGACAGGGCUCUAGACCCCUCAGGACAGCAGGCGGGCAGUGUGCACAGGCUGAGGCGGUGUCGAUGUCACUGCCAUCCUGGUAGGCUGCGACUGCCUAUGUGUCAGUCAAGGCACCCCCCACCUCGUAACCCUGCCCUGGCACAUGUCCCCCACCAAGUGACACAGACACCCAGGACGCUGGCCCUUGUCAGAAGCUCAGGGAGCAGAAGUGGAGGUCUCUGUCCUGGGCACUUUGACGACUGUCCCCUCUGAAAGCACAGCCAGUUAGGCUCUCUGGCUGC